AUGAUAGAUUCAGAAACUUCUGGAACCUUUCACAGUCCUGGAUGGCCGAACUCCUACAGCUCGGAUAGUCGUUGCCUCUUUCGAUUCAUGGCUCCUCCAGGGCGAAAAAUUCUUAUUGAAUUCGCCUAUUUCUAUGUUGAAGGGCUUUAUCCCUAG